CGCCCUCUCAGUGAAAGGCAGAUGUCCCUUUAAGGUUUGCUUUGCUGCUGCCCGUGGACUUUAGCCUAAACACGGUCCCGCGAAGUUGGCUUUAUUUGUCCAUGUCUCGGACAGAGCCUGGGUGGCUGCCAGUGAGAUUUCAGAGACCGAGCGCGCAGAGGGGCGGGAAAUGUGGCAAUCCAUCUGGGAUGUGAGAAGCGUGGAGUGGAGAGGGCUUAGCAGCAUUUGACCAAAACACAGGAAAUCACUCCUCCACAGCUCCUGGGCGCAGCAGCGGCUGGGGCCACUGCCGGACACCCUCGGAGACCACACGAGUGACCCAGAGCUCAAGUCGCCAGCGUCCCGGUUCUGCCUGUUCCUGCCAGCUCCUGCCCACGAACCGGCACGUAGCUGGUUCCGGCAGCCGCUCCAGCAAUGGUCCCCAGGCGUCCUGCCAGCCUAGAGGUCACUGUAGCCUGCAUAUGGCUUCUCACGGUCAUCCUAGGCUUCUGCAUCUCCUUCAAUGUUGAUGUGAAAAACUCAAUGAGUUUCAGUGGCCCAGUUGAAGACAUGUUUGGAUACACUGUUCAACAAUAUGAAAACGAAGAAGGCAAAUGGGUUCUUAUUGGUUCUCCUUUACUUGGCCAACCCAAAGCAAGAACUGGAGAUGUCUAUAAGUGUCCGGUUGGGAGAGAGAGAGCAAUGCCUUGCGUGAAGUUGGACUUGCCAGUUAACACAUCGAUCCCCAAUGUCACAGAAAUAAAGGAAAACAUGACAUUUGGAUCAACUUUAGUCACCAACCCGAAUGGAGGAUUUCUGGCAUGUGGGCCCUUGUAUGCCUAUAGAUGUGGACAUUUGCAUUAUACAACUGGAAUAUGUUCUGAUGUCAGCCCUACAUUUCAAGUCGUGAACUCCUUUGCCCCUGUACGAGAAUGCAGCACCCAGCUGGACAUAGUCAUCGUCCUGGAUGGCUCCAACAGCAUCUACCCCUGGGAAAGUGUCAUCGCCUUUUUAAACGACCUUCUUAAGAGGAUGGAUAUUGGCCCUAAGCAGACACAGGUCGGGAUUGUACAGUAUGGAGAGAAUGUAACCCAUGAGUUCAACCUCAAUAAGUAUUCAUCCACAGAAGAGGUCCUUGUCGCAGCAAACAAAAUAGGCCGACAGGGAGGCCUCCAAACGAUGACAGCCCUUGGAAUAGACACAGCCAGGAAAGAGGCAUUCACUGAAGCUCGGGGUGCCAGGAGGGGAGUUAAAAAAGUCAUGGUUAUUGUGACCGACGGAGAAUCGCAUGACAACUAUCGCCUGAAACAGGUCAUCCAAGACUGCGAGGAUGAAAACAUUCAGCGAUUUUCCAUAGCUAUCCUUGGCCACUAUAACAGGGGGAACUUAAGCAGUGAAAAAUUUGUGGAGGAAAUAAAAUCGAUCGCAAGCGAGCCCACGGAAAAGCACUUCUUCAAUGUCUCGGAUGAGUUGGCCCUGGUCACUAUUGUUAAAGCUCUGGGAGAAAGGAUAUUCGCUUUGGAAGCGACAGCUGACCAGUCAGCAGCUUCAUUUGAGAUGGAAAUGUCUCAGACUGGCUUCAGUGCUCACUACUCCCAGGACUGGGUCAUGCUUGGAGCAGUGGGAGCCUAUGACUGGAACGGAACUGUGGUCAUGCAGAAGGCUAACCAGAUGGUCAUCCCUCAUAACACCACCUUUCAAACUGAGCCCGCCAAGAUGAACGAGCCUCUGGCUUCUUAUUUAGGUUACACAGUGAACUCGGCCACCAUCCCUGGAGAUGUGCUCUACAUCGCUGGGCAGCCUCGGUACAAUCAUACGGGCCAGGUCGUCAUCUACAAGAUGGAGGAUGGGAACAUCAAUAUUCUGCAGACACUCGGCGGAGAGCAGAUUGGUUCCUACUUUGGUAGUGUCUUAACAACAAUUGACAUCGACAAAGAUUCUUACACUGAUCUACUUCUCGUCGGGGCCCCCAUGUACAUGGGGACAGAGAAAGAGGAACAGGGCAAGGUGUACGUGUACGCUGUGAAUCAGACAAGGUUUGAAUAUCAAAUGAGCCUGGAACCAAUUAGGCAGACCUGCUGCUCAUCCCUGAAGGAUAAUUCAUGCACGAAAGAAAAUAAGAACGAGCCCUGCGGGGCCCGCUUCGGAACAGCAAUUGCUGCUGUAAAAGACCUCAACGUGGAUGGAUUUAAUGACGUCGUGAUUGGCGCUCCGCUGGAAGAUGACCACGCAGGAGCUGUGUACAUUUAUCAUGGCAGUGGCAAGACCAUAAGGGAGGCGUAUGCACAACGCAUUCCGUCAGGCGGGGAUGGCAAGACCCUGAAAUUUUUCGGCCAGUCUAUCCACGGAGAGAUGGAUUUAAAUGGUGACGGUCUGACCGACGUGACCAUUGGAGGCCUUGGUGGAGCAGCCCUCUUCUGGGCCAGAGAUGUGGCUGUAGUUAAAGUGACCAUGAGUUUUGAACCCAAUAAAGUGAAUAUUCAAAAGAAAAACUGCCGUGUGGAGGGCAAAGAAACAGUGUGCAUAAAUGCUACAAUGUGUUUUCAUGUGAAAUUAAAGUCUAAAGAGGACUCAAUUUACGAGGCUGAUCUGCAGUACCGUGUCACCCUUGAUUCGCUGAGGCAGAUAUCACGGAGCUUUUUUUCUGGAACUCAGGAAAGGAAGAUUCAAAGAAAUAUCACCGUUCGAGAAUCAGAAUGCAUCAGGCACUCCUUCUACAUGUUGGACAAACAUGACUUUCAGGACUCCGUGAGAGUGACUCUGGAUUUUAAUCUCACUGAUCCAGAAAAUGGUCCUGUACUUGAUGAUGCUCUGCCAAACUCAGUCCACGAACAUAUUCCCUUUGCCAAAGACUGUGGGAACAAGGAAAGAUGCAUUUCAGACCUCACCCUGAAUGUGUCCACCACAGAAAAGAGCCUGCUGAUCGUCAAGUCCCAGCAUGACAAGUUCAAUGUCAGCCUCACUGUCAAAAACAAAGGAGACAGUGCGUACAACACCAGGACAGUGGUGCAGCAUUCACCAAAUCUGAUUUUUUCGGGAAUUGAGGAGAUCCAAAAAGAUAGCUGUGAAUCUAAUCAAAAUAUCACUUGCAGAGUUGGAUAUCCUUUCCUAAGAACAGGAGAAACGGUUACCUUCAAAAUAAUAUUCCAGUUUAACACAUCCCAUCUCUCGGAAAAUGCAAUCAUUCACUUAAGUGCAACAAGCGACAGUGAAGAGCCCCUGGAAUCUCUUUAUGAUAAUGAAGUGAAUAUUUCCAUCCCAGUAAAAUAUGAAGUCGGACUGCAGUUUUACAGUUCUGCGAGUGAACAUCACAUUUCAGUUGCUGCCAAUGAGACGAUCCCUGAGUUUAUUAACUCCACUGAGGACAUUGGGAAUGAAAUUAAUGUCUUCUAUACGAUUAGAAAGAGGGGGCAUUUCCCAAUGCCAGAACUUCAGCUGUCAAUUUCAUUCCCCAAUUUGACGGCAGAUGGUUAUCCUGUACUGUACCCAAUUGGAUGGUCAUCUUCAGAUAAUGUGAACUGCAGACCCCGGAGCCUUGAGGACCCCUUUGGCAUCAACUCUGGGAAGAAAAUGACGAUAUCGAAGUCUGAGGUUCUCAAAAGAGGCACAAUCCAGGACUGCAGCACGUGUGGAGUUGCCACCAUCAGGUGUAGCCUCCUUCCUUCCGACCUGAGUCAAGUGAAUGUCUCGCUCCUCCUGUGGAAACCGACUUUCAUAAGAGCACAUUUUUCCAGCUUAAACCUUACUAUAAGAGGAGAACUUAAGAGUGAAAAUUCAUCGCUGACUUUAAGUAGCAGCAACCGGAAGCGAGAGCUGGCUAUUCAGAUAUCCAAGGACGGGCUCCCAGGCAGAGUACCGCUGUGGGUUAUCCUCCUGAGCGCCUUCGCGGGGCUACUGCUGCUAAUGCUCCUUAUAUUGGCUCUGUGGAAGAUUGGAUUCUUCAAAAGGCCACUAAAGAAGAAAAUGGAGAAAUGAAAUGUUUCAUAGAAAGAAAA